ACAUGCAGAUGGUUCUUCCAAGACCCUGCUUUUCAGGCAUGGCAAAAGUCUAGCUGCGAUGGAUUGUUGUGGAUUGAAGGGCGCCCAGGUUGUGGUAAAUCGUGCUUGGCUGAUUAUGUCUCGAAACACUCUGGAGCUGGUCUCACUUUAUUCCAUCAUUUCUACUCAUCGCCAAAGAGUGUGACUUUCGUGGUUUCACUGCUAGCAAAACUCCUGGCAAUCGUCCAAACACCCCUCAAGGUUGCCCCAUGGCAUGACAACGUAAUUCAAGAAGUUCUGCAGCUUACUCCUCUAGCCAAUGCAUAUUCAAAGCAUGACCUGAAUUUGUUGCACAACGUCCUGGAAAGUAUAUUGCGACUUGAGAAGUUUCCUGAAACAACCAUCAUUGUCGAUGCACUGAGCGAGUGUCGAGACUGUAAUGCCAAUGCUCUUCUCGAGUAUCUUUACCAUUUAAGUCAUCUCCCCAAACUCAAAUUGAUCGUGUUCUCUAGAUAUGAUCUUCGGAUCAAAUCUAGAUGGAAAAUCAUGAUGAAUAAGGACAAAAUUCAACAUGAUGUGAAACUAUAUGCCAAGUCGAGGAUUAGUCGCUGCCUUUGUUUACAGAACAUUGGUUCUCAAAUUCUUGACAGGAUUCCCCAAGAUUAUUUCGAGUCAUUUUUGGCAACAAAACUUCUUUUUGACGAGCUUGAAGCAGCAGAGACAACAGAAGACCAAAUGGAAAUACUCGCCCAGACGCCCCCAAGUCUUUUUGAAUAUUUUGACCGGCUUUGGGUCAGAGAAGAGUUGGCCUUACCAGCAAGAAACAAGAAGAGGCGGCUUGAAAUCUUUUCGAUGGUUGUUGCUGCUCGCGAGCCAUUAAGUGUAGAUGAGCUAUCACAUUUCCUGGCCCUUGACACUUCCAGAAACGCCUUGCAGAGCUACCACAAACUAAACGACCCCUUGAAAACGGUGGAGAGGCUUUGCCGCCCGUUUGUGGUGUUCGUUGACGGCAAAGUGGAAAUUGCACAUCCCCCCAUGAAGGAGUAUCUUUGGCAGCGUUUGGCUCAAGAGAAGGACCCAAAUCUCACACUGGCAGAAAAAUGCUUGAGCAAGCUCAGCGAGGAGCCUUUUGCGUCGGUACGAUACGCAGCAUCACUGCAGCGGAAGCACCUACUCCCACAUGGACUCCUAAACGAUAGGAAGAUUGGACUUUCUGAGGAUGAUGAGACAUCUUACAAGUAUGCGGCUCUCCAUUGGCCAGAGCAUACCACUGCGAUAAAUGACCCCCCAGAUUCUUUUAUCCUGAAGCUAUCAGACUUUAUCCUAAGCGUUGCGGCUGUCACGUGGUCAGAAGAACUGGUUGAUAUCAAAGGCGGGAGUGAAGCUACGACAAUUAAUGUCCAAAUUGAUGUUCGUACACAGAUGAUGGAUUGGGCACAUUGCCUGCCACCUCCAAAACGAAGUAAGGUUCCUGUGCGUGAGUUUUUCGUUGCGGCGCAUGAGAGGCUGCGGCAGAAACUCACAGAAGACGGGGAAGAUCAUCUACUUCCUUAUCUUCCAGCGGUGCGUCUCGGUCAGUUUUACAGCAUCGGUGGAAUGUCGGAUGAUGAUUUUCGGAAAGCGUAUGAUUACAAAAAGAUCGUAGUGGAUGGAUACACCAGAAUCUUGGGGAAACACAGCCCGCUUACUUUGAAAGCCCGGACGACAUGGGUCAAUGAGUUCUUUUCACGGCAACUCAUUGCUGAGGCAGAGACAGAGCUGCUUGAGAUAGCACGUAUUCAGAAAGAGGUGUCGGGAGGGGAAUCGCUUCCCUAUCUGGAGGCUCUCCAGCUGCUCGGAAGCGCUCAGUACUGUCUUACGAAAUUCGGAAAUGCGUUCAUAUCUUUGGAGGAGUCAGGGAAAGGAUUAUUUCGAUUACUUGGGAACGAAAAGUGGGCGUAUCAAGUCAACGAUCUCUACAAGGGGUGGGUCCUGGAACGACAGGGGGCGACAGAAUCAGCAUUGAAGAUGUACAACUCGAUCUUGCAGAAUUGGGCCCCAAUAGGUGGCGAGAAAAACGGUCUAUCUCUCAUGGCUAGGACAUCCCUUGGGUCAGUGUAUCGCAAGCAACAUGAGUAUCUUCAUGCAAGAGACAAUCUAUUGUUUGCGUGGGAGGCUCGACAGAAGCUCUUCAGCAUCAACAGCAACACGACUGUUGACUCUGGUAUACAAUUGGCCACCACCUUACGAGAGAUGAAUCAUUACGAGGAUGCUCUAGAGCUGCUGAACCAAGUUGAAAUGUCUACCAUUUUCAAAGAUGAUUUCGAGCGCGAGUGCCAGGUGACCCAUCUCAGGGCCUUGAUCAAAUUGGAUCAGGGUGAAAGCCGUGAGCCAAUCGAUGACCUGACUCGAGUGGUCGAUGAGACUGUGGGGGACAAGAGAAACCAAAAUAAUAGAGAGUGCCUGUGGGUGCGGACGACUCUGGCAGAUGCAUUGAAACACGACGGACGGUACUCAGAAGCACAGAUGCUCUUUUCGGAGAUCGUUGAACCUAUUCCAAGCGACCUCGGAUCACAUGCACUGAACGAUGAUCUGAACGAUGAGCCCGAACCUCCCACACAACUGGCAAUCGCUGAAGAAGCACUAAGACGUGUGAAAAGACGCGAUCAAGCUGGUGCUGAGGAACUAUUGAGACAAAAUGGAUUGCAAUGGGUUCGGCAGCAAGAUUUCUGGAUUCGACAAGGCGGCCCGCCCACCGAUACUGCCUGGAUGAAAGCAGUCGAUCACUAA